AUGAAUCUACUUAGUAGUUCAGAAUACCAAGGACCUGAACAAGUGUUUGGAGGUAAUGAAAAAGAUAUAAAUAUUGCUAAUAUUGGAAGAUCUAUCAUGCAUGCAUCUAUGUCAAACAAAUUCUUCAAACUCCAGAAUUUGCUUCAUGAGUCCAAGAGGAUUCUGCUCCAAGGCAAACUUAAGAAUGGUCUAUAUAGGUUCAUUGACAUUCAAAUACCAAGUCAAAUCUGGAAGCAAAAUAAAGCACUAGCUACACAAGCUCUUGAUGCUGAACAGAAAAAGAAAAUAAAUGUAAACAUUGUUACUGUGGAUAGGAAAGCACAAAAUAACAAUGAAAAAGCAGCAAGCAACAACAAUAUGACAAGAGAAAGUCAAAAAGAGAAAAGAACAAAAAGAAAAAUACCAAAGCACAGUAGCAGCUACCAAGUUGCAAAUAUAAGUGGCUUGUGUAGUACAAUCAGCAAUGCUAAUGAUACAAAUGCUAAUGCAUAUAGUUUAUGCAAUAAAGUAGAGAAUUCUGAUGUAUCUGUACCAUCUAAUGUAGUACAUCUUAAUGUAAAUGUACAAUUCACUCCCAUUUCUUCAAAUAAAUCUGCUACUAUUAUUGUGUGUCACAGUCCUGCUCACUAUAAUACUCACUCUACUUGUGUUCCAGCUAACAAAUCUACUGAUAUUACUUUAACUACAAAUUAUAAUGUCAACCCUGUUACUAUGAACCUGUCCUUUCUAAUUGUGCCACUGAAAGUAGAUUCCUUUGAAACUGACCCUUUGCAAGUGGAAAUUGGUCCUCGUGUGCAACCUGCAGCUGACACUACUGCACCAGUUCUUCAGUCGAGACUCAACAGUAUUGUGCAGAACACACACCACAUGCAGACCAGAAGCAAAAGUGGCAUCACCAAGUCAAGAGUACUCACUGCCACACUCUCAAGCACAAACCUAACCAACAAUCUUCCGAAGUCCAUCACGCAGGCCCUUGCCACUCCACAUUGGAGAGAUGCCAUGGAAAAAGAGUACUCAGCACUGAUGAAAAAUAACACAUGGAGACUUAUUGAUCCACCUCCUCGCUCGGCACCCAUAGGAUGCAAAUGGGCUCCAAGGGCCUGGUUCACUAGACUUAGCUCUGCCCUCCGCAAAUUUGGUUUUGUGAUCACCAAAUCAAAUGUGUCACUAUUUACUAGAUUCACCUCCUCCUCAGUGAUUUACAUCCUAGUUUAUGUGGAUGACAUUUUAGUAACUGGCAACUCAGAGUCAGAGAUCAAUUCCAUCAUGACUCAGCUACACAGCACCUUCUCUCUCAAAGUCCUAGGUGAAAUGAACUACUUUCUUGGUAUUGAAGUCAAACACAGCAACAACGGGACAGUAACUUUAAAACAAACUAAGUACAUUCAGGAUCUCCUAGAAAAAGCUGAAAUGAGCAAUGCCAAACCUGUGCCCACUCCUAUGACCUCCUCUCUUAAGUUGUCAGCCUUUAAUGAUGGUAGCUUCAACAAUUCCACACUAUACAGAUCGAUAGUUGGAGGACUGCAAUAUGCUACAAUCACAAGACCGAAAAUUUCCUUUUUCGGUUAA